AUGUUUACAAUGGGAAAAGUUAUACCAAUGAGCUGGUUGAACCAGAUAUUGUUAAUUCUAAGUAUAUUAUGUGCAUUGUUAUCUUUAGUUAUACAAGAAUGGGCUGGUCUCACACCAUUACCAAUAUAUGUAUCCAUUUUAUGGGCUAUUUUUCUUAUAAUAGCAUCAGUGUGGUUCAGCUGUCUUUUAUUUCAACUUGCAUUAAAAGCAAAUUGCCCACUUAAUAUAAAAUUUCUUAAUAACUGGUUAUAUGAAAAGCUUACAAGUAAUUUGAAGUUAUGCGAUUAUAAAACAGAAAGUGAAUAUGACAAAAAUUGUGAAAAUCAAAUAGAAAUAAAUAAAGAUAUAAAUUCUGUACAAGUGUCUAAUGAAAACCAGAAGCCAUCUACUAACAAGGGUAUUUCACCAGAAAGAAAAAGAGCUAGAGAAAUAGAUAAUUUAGUACAAGAAAUAAAUUUGAAAUGCAUAAAUGUUUGGUAUAAAUCUAUCAGUGAUGAUGCAUCAUUCCCUAAUGAAGCACAAAAGCUACUAAAAAAAUUAUUGUCUAAAUUAUUUCAUAAAAUCAAUUUAAUAGACAAAGUAAGACUUACUCAUAAGUUGUCUAAUGUGUUCUUAUUACAUUUAAAAGAGUAUCAUAGAGCGUUAAGGCGGGUAGAGAAAGGAACUGCACCAAAUGUAGAAGAAGCAUUUAAGUAUUUACAUCCUGGUUCUCGUAAUGUACCAGCAUUAGAGUACAUGCUUCAUCGAAUGGUUUCUAUUUUAGCACAAGAAUUUUUACAAUGGGAGAUAACAAGUUCAUUACCAUGCAAACUAUUACUAUCUAUUUUAGCAAAAAGAUUAUUAAUAGUUAUUGAAACAGUAAGUUCUCCAAUAUGGCUGUUUCAAAGUUUAUUAAAUUUGUUGCAGCCGGUACCAAAACAAGUUGCCAAAAUUCAAAAUAAACAGGAAGAAAAUGUAUCAAACGUAAAAAAGGCUAUAUCUAGCGCUCUGGGGGAUGGUAUAACGUCUGCAACUGCAGCUGUGAUUCGACGACCAUUACCAAAUUCAAAAUCUGAAUCUACUGAAGCUUUAAUUGAAAAUAAAAAUACCUCAUUAUCCAUAAAUGAUAAGAAACCUACUUUACAUUUAAAUAAUUUAGGUACAGAACAUAGAGGUCUAUGGGGUCAAGCUAUAGACGAAAUGGAUUCUGCAAUAGAAGACAAAAUAUCUCCUAUAUAUGAAGAACCUACAGAUUUUGCUACAACAAUUGCUAGACUUAGAACUGUAUUACAACAAAAGUCAACUGUAAAUACGCCUUUACAUAUGGAUGAAAAGUCUUAUGUAAUCAGAGGUAAUCAAUUUACAAAUCUGUCAAUUCCUUGGACAGAGUUUCAUACAGCUUUUGAUGGGUCACAACAGUUACUUUACUGUAUUCAAUUCGAUGAUAUAGAACAACGUGGAGUUGAUCUAUUCGAAACCACAACUGCUACUGUUAGAAGACAAUACCGCGAUUUUGCUCAGUUACAUGCUAGUCUACAAGAGGCCCCUGAAUUAGCACCUGUUAUGUCAAAUUUGGUGUUACCAGCAGGUGGUCGUCUUGAAUUAGAGAAUUAUUUAAAGACAUUAACUGCUCGUUUGCCGAAUGAAUGUCCAUCGCAAUUACGACAUUUUCUAGAUCCAAGUAGUGGCAUUAAUAAAAAAGCAGAUGUAGUUGCACCAGGAUUUGAAAAAUUUUUGGUCAAAACAGUAAGUGGUGUUUUUAAUACCCUAAAAGUAGUCGUUUCAGGUUUUGAAAUAGAUCAAGAGGAAGAAAAUGUUCUAUUACCUACGUUAAUGCCGUUAGCUGAUAUUCCAUGGAGAUUUAUUGAAGAUAUUAAAUCGAAAAGCUUAGCAGGUAAAGUUCAACAAUUAUUAACUGAACGAACUGAAUAUUCUUCCGUGGACACUGCUUAUGAAGCUGUUGACUCAAUGGACAGUACCAAUGAUUCUGCAUUAUUAAGUCAUUGGUGGGAAAUUAUAAAAAGUUCUUCUGAAGAGGAUAUUGAUGAACUAGAUUCACAUUUAACAUUAACAUGUGUUAUUAUAGACCUUAUUUGUGAAUUAUUGACAGGUAUUGGAAGUAAUAAUGCAUUGCAGCAAGAAGCUGUUGUUAGAUGGACAAAGCUACUCCUUGGAAACGUUACUGAAUCUGUAUUACAAACUGCUACUUCGCGAAUUUUUGAUCAUUUGAGUAAUGUAUCACUUCGUACUGUACAAAAUAAACUUUCCAAAGAACCAUUAAUUUCACUAAGAGAAAGACUGUUGCAAGAAAUAUUCAUAAAAGUUCCAAAUGAUAUAAAAUUAAUAUUUGGCGAAGAUGAUACAUUAAAUAUUAUAAAGUAUUUACUUGAUACUUAUGAAAUAAAAAAAAUUAAUAUGGACUUAAACCUACAAAUAUUAGAUGUCCUGGCAUCACAGUUGUUAAGUUCAUGUAGGUCAAGUCAUAGUAAAGCUCCUUUAUAG